AUUCUGCAAAUUCUUACACCCAUGAUUAGCUUUAUGCACAUUGAACUCAGCGGAGCUGUUCACGCGUGGCACGUUAAGUGUAAAACUGGGGCUUGGAAGACGGUUAAAGGAGCAUUCAAAAUAAAGGCUGCCCUACUAAGAAUCAGCCUUUCAGAAAAUAUUUGUUCCCAUGUAUAAAGAUGUCGUUAGUGGACCUCGGAAAGAGGUUGCUAGAAGCAGCUCGCAAAGGGCAAGAUGAUGAAGUUAGAACGUUAAUGGCAAAUGGUGCUCCUUUCACCACUGACUGGCUCGGGACAUCACCUCUUCAUCUUGCGGCCCAGUAUGGCCACUAUUCAACAGCAGAAGUGCUGCUUCGAGCAGGUGUUAGCAGAGAUGCUCGAACCAAAGUGGACAGGACACCAUUGCAUAUGGCUGCAGCUGAUGGACAUACACAUAUUGUAGAACUGCUAAUUAGGAAUGGUGCUGAUGUAAAUGCCAAGGACAUGUUGAAGAUGACUGCCUUGCACUGGGCAACAGAACACAACCAUCGCGAUGUUGUAGAGCUGCUUAUAAAGUAUGGAGCUGAUGUUCAUGCUUUCAGCAAGUUCGAUAAAUCAGCCUUUGAUAUAGCCCUGGACAAGAACAAUGCAGAGACUCUGGUAAUGCUGCAGGAGGCAAUGCAGAAUCAGGUGAACAUGAAUCCAGAGAGAUCAAAUCCUGUCACAAAUACAGUGACUGUUGCCUCACCAUUUAUCCUUGCAUCAGGGGAAGUUCUCAAUCUUGCUAGUUUUGUUUCUUCAGCAAACACCAAAACAACCUCAGGUGAUUCCCGUGUAUCUACAGUGCAGUUUUCAAACUCAACAACCUCUGUGCUUGCCACGCUUGCAGCCCUCGCUGAAGCAUCCGCUCCCCUUUCCAAUUCAAACAGAUCUACAGCUAACACAGAGGAAAUAGUGGAAGCAACUUCUGUAGAUUCUGCAAUACAGCAGGUGGUUGGCAGUGGAGGUCAACGAGUCAUUACGAUAGUAACAGAUGGUGUUCCACUGGGCAGUCUCCAAACAGCCAUUCCUACUAGUGGUAUCAGCCAGCCGUUUAUAGUGACCAUGCAAGAUGGACAGCAAGUUCUAACUGUACCUGCUGGUCAGGUUGCAGAAGAGACUGUUAUUGAAGAAGAAGAUGAUGAUGAUGAUGUAGAAGAGGAAGAACAUCCACCAGCGAAGAAGCAAAAAAUUGACCAAAAUGUAAAUGAUUUGGAAGAAAACAAGGACGAUAACGAAAGGGAAAUGUUACAGCAGCAGUUGCACGAGGCAAACAGAAAGGCGCAAGAAUAUCGAAGCCAGCUAAUGAAGAAAGAACUGGAAGCGGAGCAAUACCGGCUAAAGCUUGAAGCCAUGGCAAGACAGCAGCCCAAUGGUGCUGAGCUUACAGUGGUUGAAGAGGUUGCUGAGGUGGAUGCAGUUGUGGUAUCGUCAGAGGAAAUGGAAGGGUCUGCAGCAACUGUGGUGGAAACGGAGCAGCCUACUGACAUUGCUGUGGAAACCGUAACGGCGUAACCUGUGGGUUACCGACUCCGGUUUUAAAGGACAAACAUUUAUUUUAAAGGAGAUGCCGUUGACAAGCAACAUUGUGAGCUAAGUGGUCUACUGGAAUAUUGAACUGAACUGCUUGUGUGGUUCCAUUCAGAGGGAUAAAAUCUCUCCUGCAGCUCAUAACAUUAAUUUGCUUUGAACACAAAGCCAAAGGUGCUUUUAUAGUUUGAAGUUGAGAGAAAGGUAUUUUAAAAAGUACCCUAAUAAAUUUAGCCAGCAAGUGACCAACAAGCUUAUUUUGUGUCAUAGGUCUAUAAUGUGGGAGGGAAAGGGGUGGGUGGGGAAAGAGAAGUACCUCAUUGCCAAAGUAGCUGGUAAUAGCGCUCAGCUGCCCUGAAUUUACUGCACUGAAAACAAAUUUUAUGCAAUGACCUAUUUGCACCCUUGUGUGUAGUUAUCAGAUUGGAAACCAUGCUUUGGAGUCUCUCAAACAGUCUGUUGAGGGUAUAAACUUUUCAUUAAAAAGCUGGCUUUUAUUGGAAAGCAAACCUCGUUGCUGAAAUAAAACACUAUUGACAAUAUCUUCCAAAGCCCUUUGAGAGAAGGUGGAAAAUGGAUUGGUCUUUGUAGAGGAUACGUUUGUUUCAAAAAUGAAUCCAAAAUACAGUACUCCUACAAGAACAAAGCACAGGCUACGUUUGCAUGAGCUCUUUAGCAUUUAAGCAAUUUGAGAUAUCAGGGAAUAUUAAAACUGCCUUUUUUGGGUCUGUUUUUGAAAGCGCUAUCUACAUCUGAACCCUUGACUAUCUAAAGGGAUACCAGGUAAAAAUUAGACCCUUCAGUUUUAUGAAACUCGGUCAAGUUUUCUUUUUAGAAUUUUUGUGCUAUUCAAUGGCACCAACUGUUUAUAUAUGCAAAAUAAAAUGUCUGUGAAGUUGUGUUUUAUAAGACAGUCCGGGAGGUUGGUAUGUUUCUGUUUGGAAGUGGGUAGGCAUCUCACAUCUUUACUAAUCAAAAUUGUCCAUUUUAAAUAUACUAAAAAAAAAUUUGAAACACAUGACUGAUCUUAAAAUGUUUAUGGGUGUUUUUUCUUUACUAUUUGCUUGCAGACCCAUGCAGAGUAAAGAAGUUGCCUAUAUGUAUUGCCUGUUGCAGGCUGGGAGAUUGUAUUUUAAAGUGAGAGACAUGUAUCACAUGCAGAACUGUCUGUCUUUUCUGUUACAGAACCGAAGCAAAAUUAUUGGAAGUGCUAUGAUUAACUGUGGGAACUAUUGUUUACGGUAUGGUAGUCUUAAUUAAUGAUCAUGAGUAAAGCAAUUUAAAUUGAGGAAAAACUUCACAAGAAUGUAGCCUGACCAGUUUGCUGCAGUAUUUAGAAAGUAUUAAAUCACUUCUAGCUUGAAAAACUGAUACCGCUUUCUUGACAAGUUUUGAAAAAUCUGUCUUCCCUUUCCAAGGCAAGUAUCGUUAAAUUCAUGGCUUCAGUUUGCAUAAUGCACUCUCUCCUGCUUAAAUUCUGCUGUUUGUCAGGAUUGGCAGUAUUCAUGGUAGUUGUUCAAUUUCAUGGUUGCAAAGGUUUGUCUUGUAUUGUUCUUAUUUCCAGCAGUGUGUGUCCAGAUAGUGUGGUUUUGUGUUGAUACAGAUACCUCUUUCAUUAUAUUUCUUUUCUAGCAGACAUGCCCAUGUUAGGACAUUUGAGAUGAAUCGUGCAGAGACU